CAGGCGCGCGCGGGAAAGGCCGGCCCCGUGGCGGUGAAGUGCAUCGACCUGGAGGCGAUGACACCGCAGGAGCGCCGCAUGGCCGAGCAGGAGGCCCAGCUGCUGCGGAGGAUCCGGCACCCCCACAUCGUGAGGUUCUUGGACCUCGUGCUUUCGGGGGAUCGCAUGCACCUGGUCAUGGAGCUCAUGGAGGGCGACCUGCAGCAGGCCAUCCAGACACGCCGGGAGCCGCCGCUGCGCCGUUUCGCCGAGGCGGUGCUUUGGAAGUGGCUGGCGCAGCUUAGCGGGGCGCUCGCCUUUCUGCACCAGGCGCAGAUCAUACAUCGAGACGUGAAGCCGGCGAACGUCUUCCUCUCCAAGGAGUCGGUGGUCCUGGGAGAUUUCGGCAUUGCAAAGGUGGCCUCCUUCGCCUCCACGCAGAUCGGCACCCCGGGAUACCUCGCGCCGGAGGUCUGGCUGGGCCGCAGGUACGGGCCGAAGAGCGACAUCUUCUCGCUGGGCUGCUCUUGCUUUGAGGCGCUGAGAGCGCUGGAGCUGGGCGAUGGUGGGGAGAGGAAAUGGAACGAGCUCACCCAUGCCUCGGCGCUGCGGCCGGCCUUCGAAGGUCCGACGGCGGAGGCCCGGUGUCGCGGCCCUGCCCGCGGCUUGAGGGGUCUGAAGCCUGGCGCGGAGCCGCCGGGGGCGCCCGGAUCGGAUCGACGGAUACGGAUCGUUUUUCAGCGGCGGGUCGAGGUGCGCGCCAUGUUACAGAAGCAACCGCAGAGGCGGCCAGGCGCCUCGGAGGUGCUGAGCCUCGCCAGGUUCUUGGCCGAGUUUUGCACGCAGAGCUAUCCGGAAGUCGCUUCGGACGCGCUUGAAGAAACCAUGGGGCGCAAAGCUCGUCGCCGCGCGUGCUGGGUGCUGGGCGCCAGUCUGGCAGUGUGGCAGGCUUCCCCCUGGGGCCAUCCUUGCACCGUGAUCUGUGAGAAGGCCGCCGUAGGCGCCGGGCCAAUCUCGCCGAAGCCGCGGGUCCGAAGGUCCAAGGAGCGGGAGGUGCUCGACGGGGGCGAGGUGGUUCCGCCCAAGAAGGGGCAUAAGCACGAGACGGCCACGUUGAUCUACCUGCACGGCUGCUCCUGCAGCGCGUCUCAGUACCUGGAGGACGGCUGGGAGCUGCCCUGGGUUGGCAAGGACCGGUGCCCGAACCUUCGCACGGUGCUGCCAGACGCAAAGGUCACCAGGCAGCCCUGGGGGGAAGAAGAACCUUCCUGGCAUGCCUAUGUGAAGCAGAGCAGCAACAAGGUGGGGGACUACCACACGCUGCGGGAGACCAGGGAUCGCCUGGCGCACAUCGUCUACUCCGAGGUGGACCGCCUCCACGGGCAGGGCCACCGCGUCUUCCUGGGCGGCGCCUCCCAGGGCUGCACCGUGGCCCUGGACACCUAUCUCCUGCAGGCGCGGAAGCUGCUGCUGGGCGGCUUCGUGGGCAGCGUGGGCUUCAUGCCCAACGACCACCAAGGCUUCCACGGCGCCACGCGCGCCCUUGAGAAGCUCAUCGCGGACCCCGAGCAGCGGCAGCGGCCCAUCUGGCUGCAGUGCGCUACAGACGACUCCGAGAUGGUUCCCUGGAGGAGUGCGGUGAAGCCCAGCCUUCUGCGGGCGGAAAACCGCCUGCCCGGGCUCUACGUGAAGGAGGUGAGAGGCCGAGGCCACAUCCUGGAUGAGUGGGAAGGUGAAUUCGUGCGCGACUUUUUGGAGCGGCACGGGAAGUCUUUAGAGCACCCUUGAUGUCAGCCCACCUGGCCGAUGCAGGGUGAUCGCCCUCGCGUGACACGACUGACGCGACUGCGACGUGGCGCGCGAGCUGUUUCCAAUCAAGCCCGGUGAUUCCAGUGGCUGGGGGUUCCAUAAACUGCA